GUCCGUUGGGCUUCUAAGAAAUCCGGAGGUUCUUCUCGUAACGGAAGAGACUCUGCUGGUAGAAGAUUGGGUGUCAAAAAGUUUGGUGGUCAAGAAGUGAUCCCUGGUAACAUUAUUGUCCGUCAAAGAGGAACCAAGUUCCAUGCGGGUGAUCAUGUUGGUAUGGGUAAGGACCACACAUUGUUUGCUCUGGAGCCUGGAUAUGUGCGUUUCUACAAGGAUCCUGCUCAGCCCAAGCGCCGAUGUGUGGGCAUUGCUUUUAGCAGAGAAGACACUUUGCCA